UUUUUGAUUUUUUUGAGCUUUUUAGUUGUGUUGGUCUUGUAACUGUUCUGAGAGAGAGAGAGAAAGGGAGGAGAUGGAGAGAGAAGGAGGGAAAUAUCCCUCACUAAUUAUCCUCAACGGAUUUUUUAGGAAAACCCACAUGGCCAGAAGCUGCCAGACGAACAACGCAAGCAACUGUUUCACAGUGACUUUUUGAUUUGUUUUAUUUUAUUGUAAUUUACCGAAGUACAUCAGAGAACAGAAGAAACAAUACAACAGUUUUUAUAGGAAAUAUGUCACUCUCCGUCUCUCAGCGCUGUCUCUGUGCGCUCCUCAUCGCUCUCUGGGGUGGGAGUUGCUUCACUACUGCCAUUCCGUUCAACAUAUCUACGGAGGGCAGCGGAGACGAACCCGAACUCAUCUUCCCUAUCGCUCGAACCACCCAGGUCCCUCCUUCCCCCUCCCCUUCUCCAAACAUCACUGCGACUUUCAUCCGCAUCAAAGACUUCAUUUUCAACGAUGUGGUGGACUUCUUGAAGGACAACCUGCUGCUCAUCAUCGUCGUGACUGCUCUCUUAGUAGUUAUCAUCUUCAUCGUCUGCUGUGCGUCAGCGAUGAGCCACAAACGAAAGCUGGAGGCCUACUAUCCACCAAAGACCUACGCACCAAGGAAAUAUAUGAGCCAACCCAGUAAAGGCAUGGAGAAAACAAAACAGACCAAGCCUCAUAACCAAAUCCAGGAUGGUAAGACGACGACCGCGAAGACCCUGCGAGAACCCACUAAAGCACUGGUAGGGGAGAAGGACGGGAAAGAACCCCGGCCAAGACCGAAAGAGGUUGAGCAGGUGGUGGAUGUUGAAGAGGUGGAGAUGCAGAAAGAUGAAGGGAAGGCGAAAAUGGAGCCUCAGCCAAGCAGCUCAAAUGCCAACUCUAGUCAGCCUUUGAUGUGUACUUGCCAUCUCAGAAAGGCCAAUCAUCCAACAGCAUGAGAGCUUUAAGGGUUAAGGAUAACUUUAGCUUGUUUUCCACUAGUUGGUAUGAAUAUUUCAGUAAGCGCCCAUUCCUUGUUUUGAAACAUUUUUUUAUAUACAAAAUGUCAUUGUCGAAUAAUCAAAUUAUGAAUUCAAACUUUGACAUGGUUCCUGCUGCCUAAAAAUGUUGUCAACUUUUAUUUUUAAGUUGAAACAACAAAUCUCUUUUUACAGUAUUUUCACAGAAUAUUAUUUACAUUAGGAUGAUUUUCUGUUGAAAAAAUGAAAUCACAAAACUUAUUUUAGCCGUUUUUUCAGAGAUAUACAGUACCGUGCAAGUCUUAGGCCACCAUAACAGAACUAGAUUAGUUGUUUUUGCAAUGUUAUAGUGAUCAUAUAUAAUUGUUUCUCAGUCUCUUUAAUAGAAUACAUCCAGAAAAUGUGAAUAUAGUACUAAAUCCUAAUUUCUAAUUUUAAAGAAAUUAGUCAUUUUACUUCAUUCUUCUCAAAAACGCUCAAGAGAGGUCACACUAAACAUUGACGAUGCCUAAAGAAGAAAAUUUAAUUUGUAAUUUUUUUGUACAUAUUUCUUGUAUUUUCUGUUUGUAUCUUAAUAAAAUAGAUUGAAAAAUAAAUAUGGAUGGACAUUAAAACUUCCAAAACAAUAAGUCUGGUGGUGGUGGCCUAAGACUUUUGCACAAUAUUGUAUGUGUCACAUAUGUGUUGUUUCCUAUUUCUUUAAAUAUACAUUUUUUAUUAGAUGAACAAAAAUUCCCAUUGACAAUAUCUGUUUUUAAUUAUUAUUUUUUAGGCCUAUAUUAUCUUUGUCUACAAAUAUAAAACUGAAUACAGGUGGACAGAAAUUAUUUGUUAAUCACUUUUUCUAAUUUGCGGAAACCUAAGUAGUAGUCUUUUGUUACGUUUGUCUUAUUGUCUUUGUUCUGACCACUUUUCUUCGAACUAUUUUAUGGAUUAAAUGUUUAUAUAAUUGGUAUUCAAUGAGUUAUGCUGUACAUUGUAAAAAAUACUUUGCUGCCUUAAAAUUUUUUGUUAAAUCAACUCAGAUUUACAAGUCAUGUCAACAGAGAUGAGUUGUCAAAACUUAUAAAAUAUAGUUGAGAAAAGUCAACUUAAUUUAUAACAACUCACCUGUAGUUAUAACAACUCGUCUCUAGUCAAAAUAAAUAAUAGUAAGUUGAAAUGACUUGUAAAUCCGAGUUUAUUCAACAAAACAUUUUAAGGCAGCAAAGUAUUUUUUACAGUGAUAGGAAUCAUUUCUGAAGUUGUUGCAGGCUACUAUUAUUUUAUAUAAACAUUUACCUAAGACUUUUGUUGGUAUUGAAUAUAUUGAAUUGAAUUUGUGCUAAAUAGCACUAAAAGUUGUUUACUGGCUUGUAAUGAAAUAGGAGAACCAAAUAGGGGAACCUCCUAUAUAGAUCUCCUAUGUAGAACCAUGGUGCUAUAGUCGUGCUACAUAGGUGCUAAAUAGCACUUAAAGUGGUUCCCCUAUGUUUAUAAGCCAGUGAACCACUUUUAGUGCUACUUUUAGUGUAUGCAUCAUUUUGUAAUAAUUUUGUCAUAUUUAAAAUAAAUUGUGUAUUACCUCUCUAAAUUAAACUCUCUGUUACUAAAUUAACUAUUAUUCUCAAUAAAACAAUUAAAUAACAAUGAAUAUAUAUAAUUUGUAUAUAUUUCAUAAUAUAGUUCGUAAAUUUAGUUGUGUUGGCUUGGCUGUAGCACAUGAAACUCAAGAACCUCAUGAACACAGCAGAGCUUGACAGUGGCAGCUACAGAGCUUUUGUCACAUCCAUACAACCU